AUGUCAACCCCGCAGGCCAAAAACGGGGCCGUACCGUUCCGUCGUCUCAGCUUUGAUGACGGAGAGAACCAAAUGUUUACGUCUGACCGGGCACCUCUAGUCCCACAGCUUCCCGACUUCGCUGAACAUCAUGAAUAUGGCACAGAACUGCAGCCCGUCGCAAGGCAUGAUCCUGUAUUGCCCGUCGCUGACAACGUCUCCGAGUCUCAAAUCCACGUGUCAAUCCCCUCAGACCUUGCGGAUGCCGCUGGCCUCGAUAUCAACUCAACAGAAGAACUGAAUAUUCAUGAGAUGGCUCAUCUGACAUUAAUUGAUGCGUGGCGUCUCAUAGAUACAGCUAUUUCAACAGACCCUCAACAGUUCUAUGAGAAACAUAAUUUGCGACCCAAGCAACUGAAGCUCCCUCGCCAUACUGAGAUCCUAGUCGGUAUUACAGUUUACAACGAACCAAAACACCUACUCCGUCGUACUUUGCUGAGUGUUGUAGAGAACAUCUGGCGUCUAACUGUCCGUCCAAUGUCAAAAACCUGGGGAAAGGACUCAUGGAAAAAGUUCGCGGUUUGUAUCCUCAUUGAUGGUCUUGAGUCGGUGGAUCCUGGAGUCCUUGACGUACUCACUACCAUUGGGCUCUACCAGAAUGGAUUGUGCAAAAAGACGACAGAGAAGGGGGAAGAAGUUACGGGACACCUUUUGAUGCUUCUCAUGAAGGCCUCAAACUGCGGCAAGCUCAACUCGUACCGGUGGCUUUACAACGGAUUUGCCAAAGUUCUGGAACCUAACAUCACUGUUCAUCUCGACGUAGGUACGAAACUGGGAAAGCAGGCGCUCUACAAGCUCUGGAGGGAAUUUGAUCUUGAGCCUAUGCUUGCCGCAGCCUGUGGAGAGAUAUCCUGCUCUUUGGGCGGAAAUUGGAUGAACAUUCUCAAUCCCAUUGUCGCGGCUCAGAACUUUGAGUACAAGGUUGGAUUCCAGCUCGAUAGGACGUUUGAGUCUGCGACAGGCUUUUUGUCACUCCUACCCGGGGCAUGUUCUGCUUAUAGAUACGUGGGUAGUGCUGGCAAACCACUCGAAGAUAUGCUUCUCGGCGACCCAACAUGGAUCCAAGGCCAUAACCUUCGCCCGUCCCUGUCACCUGUCAAUCUCAAUCGCCACCUUGCAGACGAUAGAGUAAUUUGCUUCAGGAUAAUUAGUAAACCAAAGACUCGCUGGCUCUUAAAAUAUGUCCCAGUCACCGCCACCACUGACAUCCCCAUGACGACGACAGAUUUCAUCAACCAGAGGCGACGAUGGCUCAAUGGGGCUUUCUUCUCGACUAUCUAUGUCUUGAAGAGAUGCGGACACUUGUGGAGGUCUGACCACACACGAAUGCGCAAGGUGGCUUUUUUCAUCCCUCUCCUUCAUAGUGUUCUGGCUCUUGUCCUGGCUUGGUUCUCGCUCGCGGCAUUUCUACUCACGACAUUCACGAUUAAUAGCAUCUCUGGAGAUCCUCCGAAGGAUGCACCGACUGGUGGAUUCCCGUUCGGAAAGGCAACGCCGAUCGUCAACGCGGUCAUCCAGAUAGUGUAUUUGGCGACUGUCUUAUUCCAGUUUAUACUUGCCCUUGGAAGCCGCCCAAGAAACCAUCGAAUCAGUUACAUCAUCUCAUUCGCCAUUUUCGGGCUCAUCCAAGCGUACCUAAUCAUGAAUCUGGUAUAUCUUGUAAAGAGGGUCGCAGAUUACAAGGCCGACGAUACUGGGUCGAGCAACUAUGCCUAUAUAGGGGAGUUCUAUGCCGACAUUGGCCAAAGCACCAUCAUCGUCGCCGGGUUCUCCGUUUUCGGUGUCUAUAUCCUCAGUGCUCUCUUGGCACUUGACCCAUGGCAUCUCCUCACGUCUUUCGCGCAAUUUCUCUUCAUAUCGUCGUCCUACGUCAACAUUCUGAACAUUUACGCCUUCAGCAACACACAUGAUGUCAGCUGGGGGAGAAAAGGUCGACACCAGGACACCGAAGCUGGCCAGAGACUAGAAGGCCCAAGACGGGCAACUAUUGAACGGCGAUUUACCUUCUCUGACCAGGAUCCAAACAUUCGAUCUGCAGCGACUCAGCGUGAUGAAACUCCUGAAGCGAGAAACAGAGAGUAUCAAGAGGCAUUGGCUCGAGUAGAAGCUGAAGACGAGACAACAAAUCGCGAGAAGAAACGCCCCCAGGUUCUCGCAGUAGCAGAUGCCAUGAUGGAGUUUCGCACGAUUCUACUCGCAUCAUACAUAUUCUCGAACAUCUUCGUUUGUCUCAUUGUCUUAAACGACAGUCUAAAGAUCUUGUGGUGGCUUGGAGACUCAUACUGGCAUAAAGUCUGGUUCUUCCGUAUAUGGCUGUGGGCAAACUCGAUCAGCUUUCUCAUUAGGUUCGCUGGUUGUUUAUGGUAUCAUGUGGUCCGGGUGUUCAGUGGGCUCUUCCGUGGUACCCUUAUGUAA